UUGCAUAGAUGCAGGUUUUAUUGACAGGAUUUCUUCUCCCACUUUUCCAGUUUUUUUAAAAAAAUUCAUUUUUCUUUCCUGUUCAGAUAAAAGUAUAAGUUAAGCUUAAGUACCUUCAUUAAAUAAAUCAAUAAAUCGAUAAACCGAAUUACCUCCUCCCACCCCAAAAUAAUAAAUUAGGCCAAGAUAUCAAUAAAUCUCAGAAAUCCUUUGUUGUACCACUUAACAGCUUAGACACUCCCAUGAGUUUACUUGAUCUGCUAUCCACCGUGUACCCUAACACUGAAGGGACGUUUGACUGCAUCAUGUCUACUUGUUUUCCCUCUUCUUAUUUUUAAGGAGUCGGCUGUAAUGGUGAAGACUACAAGCCAUGAGUAACCCGUGGGCGGCACAGUUCCCACUGCUGCUGCUCUCCACGGUGUUCACUCAUUCGGCCCUCAAGCCAGCAAUGCCUCCGGUGAUCAAGAGACAACCUUUCAACAUUUUCUGGGCUGCCCCAACAAUGCAGUGUCAGCACUUCUUCCGUGUGGAUCUGAACCUUCACGUAUUUAAUAUUAUAUCCAACCCUUUGGAGACUCAGAGUGGAUCAACAAUUGCCAUUCUUUACCCCAAUGAAUUAGGGUACUAUCCUUAUUUCUCUCGAGAUGGGAAACCCUUUAAUGGAGGGAUACCACAGAAUAUGAGCCUUUCCAAACACCUACGGAAGACCGCUGAUGACAUUGCCAAGGCUGUCCCUUGGUGGAGGUCUGAAGGUCUCGUUGUCCUUGACUGGGAAAGCUGGAAGCCGCAAUGGGACAGAAACUGGGGCGACAGAACAAUAUAUAAAAACUACUCCUUAGCCUUUACUAGAAGCCACCAUCCUGACUGGUCAGCAAUGAAAGUAAGAACAGUUGCCCAAGAGGAAUUUGAAAAUGCUGGGAGGAGUAUUAUGAAUGCUACCCUCACACUGGCUUUAGAAAUGAGACCAAAAUGUUUAUGGGGCUUUUAUCUCUAUCCAGACUGCUACAAUUAUGAUUAUAGGAUAAAUCCACAGACCUACACAGGUAAAUGCCCGAGUGAUGAAAUUUUCCGCAAUGACCAACUCCAGUGGCUAUGGGGAAAAAGCACAGCUCUUUAUACUUCAAUAUAUUUGGAUAAAAUAUUGAAGUCAAGUUUAAAUGCUUUGAAAUUUGUUCAUUAUCGAAUUAGAGAAGCCAUGAGAAUUGCUGACAUGGCUAGACAUGACUAUGUUUUGCCAGUUUUUAUUUUUUCCAGACCAUUUUAUUUGCAUAGUAUUGAAGCUCUGUCACAGGAGGACUUAGUACAUACAAUUGGUGAAAGCGUCGCGCUGGGGGCAGCAGGAGUAAUACUGUGGGGAGGCUAUGAAUACUCUGAUUCAAAGGAGACCUGCUUGUUGGUGAAGAAGUUUAUCCAAGGGCCAUUGGGCCAUUAUGCUGUUAACGUGACCAUGGCAGCCAAACUCUGCAGUCGAAGCCUCUGUAACAACAAUGGGAGAUGCGUUCGAAAAAGACCCGAAUCUGCCUCCUAUCUGCACAUGCCUGAAAGUAGCAGUAAGAAAUACGUCCUAAAUAAGAGCUUGCGAUUCACCGUGUCUCCAGGCAAUAAACUGAGGACAAUAAAGGACAUGAAGGGUGGGUUUGUGUGUCACUGCUAUGAGAGCUGGCAUGGAGAGUCUUGCCGGGAACACUCUCCACAGUUUUUGAGAGGGAAGAAUAGGGCGCCUGUGGCUAAGUUUAAUUUAUCAGUUUUUCUCAGUAUGACUUUAUCUGUGACUCUGUUGAAUUAUUUUACCCCCUACUACAAUGUCAAUUUUUCCUUGAAAUACUGA